AUGGAGUAUCCCUAUUCUCAACUCUAUGAUGGCGGCGUGGACCGUCUGCGGUCCGGACAGGCUUGUCUCACCUGUAGGAAGCGCAAGAACAAAUGCGACGGCUCCCGUCCGGCAUGCGCUUUCUGCAACAAGAAAGGCUUGAGAUGCAUUUACAGUAAUGCUGGAAAGCACACUGCCAUCGACCGAGGAUAUGUUGAAACGCUGGAAACAACGGUCCGCUUGCUCGAACAAGAACUCCGAAAAGCUGGAGGACAGUCAAGCGUGGAUGUUCUCACAAUCCGUCCACAAAAUGAUGAAGCGCUGGUUCAGGACUUCCAUCGCCAAAACCCCCAACCGCGGGCAAGGCCGACUCGAGUAGAAACUGCACAACCCAUUGCGCCCGAUGUCGACAGAACGUCACUCGAGAAAGAUCACGAUCUCAUUAAGAUCAUCAAAUACGGAGAGGUCUCAAUCCAUUCAGCACUGGCAGACUUUGGCGUGGCUCCCUCGGGGACGUCGCCCUCGGAUACCACUACAGAAAUGCCAAACAGCGAUAUGUCCUUCAGGGAUGCCGACGCGGACAUAAGGGAGGAGAACUUCCCUUUAGACGACAACAGCUUUGCUCUGCCACCUCGGACGCUUGCCUAUCGCCUGGUCGACCUGUUCUUUGACAACGUGGCUCCAAUUCUACCUCUUGUGCAUGAACCAACCUUCCGAAAAGAUUUGGAUGCAUUGUACGAGCACGAUAAAUCAGGAAGCAUAGCAUUCCGCAGUCUGAUCAACGUUGUAUUUGCCUAUGGCUGUGACUACCUCGAUCUGGAAUUGACACGGACUUACGAACUGUCCCAAGACUUUCACGAGCGAGCAACAGACCUCAUCCUCUUGGUUUGCUACGAGUUGGCAUCACUCGAGGUCGUACAGGCCCUUCUCCUUGUGACUUUGCAUCUCAACAGCAGCAUGCAAUUUCAUCGUAUGUGGAUAAAUACAGGCUUGCUGGUAAGAACUGCUCAGGCAUUGAACCUACACCUCGAUCCUUCGGACUGGAAUAUCAGCAUGAUCGAAAAGGAACUCCGCAAGCGACUUUGGUGGUCAAUCUACUCGCUUGACAGGUUCAUCUCACUCAAGCAUUGCCGUCCACCAGCUUUGAACAUUGAGGCGGGCCAUUCAGUCACACCUGCAGUGGCGGACGACGAUCAAAUAUUACCCACACAUAUCGCAAAGUCCACCGAUCCCAAGCGACCGCCUUCCCAACUACAUUUCUUCAAUUGUCUAAUGCAGCUCAUUCAGAUAUCCGAGACGGCGCUCUCGUCCAAAUCUGCAAAUAAUCCAUGGGUGCUGCCCAAGAAGAAGGAUAAUAACCUCACGAAGACUGAUCCGCGGAACGUCAUCUACACCCAAAUGGCGGUCGCUCUUGACCAGGAAAGCAAGCUGGCCGUCUGGCUCGAACAGCUUCCAGAACAUCUCCAUUUCGAUUUCGAAAAUACUGAUCCAAAACUUCGGAGACAGCAACGGAGUCUCCAGGCUCGUUAUCUCCAUACCAGACUGAUGAUUCAUAGGAUGAACAUGCUAGCAGCUGCUGGACCCGGCAAAGGACAGGUUCUCACUCAAUUCAACGAUAGCUUCUUGCAAUCCAUAUUGACCGCUAGCAUUCAGCAAUGCAUUGACUGCUCUUGCGAGCUGGCAAGCCUUGUUAAGGAAUACUAUGUACAGAACAGCCUGGGUCCAUGGUGGCUGCUUCUUCAAUUCAUAUUUACCACACUUGCGACCCUCUUUGCAGUCCGGGCGAGGAGUCAUUUGGUGCAGGAUCUUGACGACAAUAAGAUUGGGAAUGCCAUCAACCAGGCAAUGAGUCUUUUGCAAUCUUUCGGCGACAUCAACCCAACGUUGACUCAAUGUCGUCGAUAUUUCGAGUCCAUGAUGCCAUGGGCCAUGGAUCGGAGUGGAAAUUUGGGUUCGCAGAAUUUGCGCGCAUCUAGACCACCUAUUGAAAUUCCUUUCCAACAACCGCCAUUCGCUCAUCCAAGAAUGGUCACUCAAGCAAUGCAGCAGAGACCGAGCUCCUCGGUGCCCAGUUCGAUGGAGUUCCAAGCCCGCGACGUGAGCCUGUUCAAUAUGGAUCAGGCAAUGACAGACUAUUCCGCAGAACUCUUCUCCGACUCGACAUUCGGCAGCUUCAACUUUGGAGCAUUGGAUCCUAUUUUCCAGUUGUGA